CCAGCAACUCGACUGGACGCUGUGGGUUUUUUUUUCCACUGCCAGGACCAAACACGCACAAACAACCACUUGGCCUCCUCCUCAAUGGACAGCGUCUCAGCAACUCAGAACACAACCCAAAUGUCGCUGCUGGCUCGUAUAUCAGGAACAACAGAGGGUGGUCCAGUUCGCCCCAAGUCGGCCAACCGUGGUUCGCCAUAUACUCGUCCACCUCGGCCUCCGAAAGGAGAUCCAAAUGCUCAAUGGUCCCACGACCUUUACGACGAUGCUUCCAGCCCACCCCUUUCGUCUCGUAUAGUCUCCUCAGGCCGCCCAGCCGAAAAGAGCAGACUCCUGUCCUCGUACAGCGCGCUCUUCGUGAAGCCACUGCAGGCAACCUCCCACGCUGCCAACUCGGGCUCACUCAAUAUCAAAGGCGCAUCAGGCUCGUCGGGGAAUGUCAUACAGGUCGAGGGGCUGGUCAAGGGUACCACGGCCGCAGAUGUCGAAGCAAUCUUCCGACGGUGUGGCGCCAUCCUUUCCUCUGAACUUGCCUCUUCGUCCGCCUCCUCUAACGUGAUCGUACGACUCACGUUCAAGAAACCUGCUGAUGCACAUGCAGCUGUGUCCAAGUUCGACGGACAGCCUGCCGAUGGUCGUAUUCUCCGCGUACGCGUAGUCGGCGUCCAAGCCGUCUCACUACCAGGGCGGAUCGCAGGUGUAAAUGACAUCGUUGAUGGGGAGGGAAGCGUUGACGUCUUGAUGGGUGGAGACGGGACAGAAAGUGGCUCAAAAAUGCGCUCCGACUCGAUUAUGGCCAACGACCCUCGUGCCACGGUGCUUGUUGCGCCACCAGGGGCAGAUCCGAAAGUCUAUACUCAACCGGAAAUGGUGAUUGUGUGAUCAGGUUGAGGGGGUCGAACCCAGUUUGUCGCCGUAACACUCGUGGAAUCGGUAGAUUGUCCUUCCACCUAUAGCUUCCAGUGUAUUCUCAUAUGGUCGUUUUGGUUGACACCUGCAUUCUACUACUCAACGAGUGAGAUUGCAAAAGCAACUAUAAAUAUCUGGGGUACUCGUGCUCAUACUUCUACGC